AUGCCUUCAGCGUCUCAAUCUUCCCAACAGUCUUUUACAAUGAGCCAACAAUCUCAGCCGAGGCACAACGCCUCAUUUCAUCAGGGUUACAAUGGAGCAGAAGGACCCCAAAUCUACUCUGCUUCAUAUUCAGGUGUCGACGUGUACGAAAUGGAGGUUAACAACGUGGCAGUUAUGCGAAGACGUAACGAUUCUUGGCUGAAUGCCACCCAGAUCCUCAAGGUUGCUGGUGUCGACAAGGGCAAACGAACAAAGAUUCUCGAAAAAGAAAUCCAAACUGGCGAGCACGAAAAGGUUCAAGGCGGCUAUGGUAAAUAUCAGGGCACAUGGAUCAAAUUCGAACGAGGCGUCGAGGUUUGCCGGCAGUAUGGCGUAGAAGAACUUCUACGACCGCUUCUCACAUACGACAUGGGACAAGACGGCGGAGUUGCUGGCAGAGGAGACUUCAACACUCCCACCAAGGAGCAAGCCAUGGCCGCACAAAGGAAGCGGUUGUACAACUCCAGCGUUGAUGGCAGACCCAAUGGCAUGUCCGGCACCUUUUUCAAAAACAUAUCCAGCACCGCCUCUCAUGCCGUCGCAGCUAUCAGCAAAGCUCGCUUUGAUUCCCCCGGCCCAAGAAGUCGAAACGGCCCAACCCGAGCGCCAAGCUUCAGCCGACAGCCUUCCAUGCAAAACGGCGAUGAAUUCCCUGGAAACUCACAGCAGAGCUACACGUCUGAUUAUGGCCAACAAGUGGACUCGGCAUACUCUACUCAGCAAGCAGCCGCCAUGUCUGGAAUGCCCGAGCAUGAACCUCCCCGUAAACGCCAGCGAGUAACCAUGACGCCGGCUGAUAGCUUUGGUGGAUACAGCCAGAAUGUGGAUAUGUAUGCGGCAGCCUUCCCUGGAUCUCCAACUGAACCCAACGAAUCCUUUAUGUACACGCAGAGUGCGGUUCAGGAUCGUGCCGGUGGAGAAGAUGGCAGUGGUCCUUUGCCCCCCUUGCCCUACGAGAUGUCCCCUGAUGUGGAAUUCAAGCGAAAUACAUUAAUGGGCCUGUUCAUGGAUUCUUCACCUGCCGACAGCGCAAAGAAUGACUUGGUUCGGACAUUCGCACCCGCCGAACUUGACAUGCCCAUCGAUCCUCAAAGCCACACAGCUCUUCACUGGGCAGCCACUCUGGCACGGAUGCCGCUUCUUCGCGCCUUGAUCGCAGCCGGUGCGUCACCGUAUCGGGUGAAUGCAUCCGGAGAGACUGCACUCAUGAGGGCUUGUUUAGUCACAAAUUCGAUGGACCAGGGAUCAUUUCCCGAUCUGCUGGAAGUUCUUGGGGGAACGAUUGAGUCUCGGGACCAGAAGGGUCGAACAGUGCUCCACCAUAUUGCAGUGACCAGUGCCGUCAAAGGCCGCAAUGCUGCCAGCCGAUACUAUCUGGAGAGCCUUUUGGAAUGGGUAGUUCGACAGGGUAGUGUUCCGAGCAGCCAAACCAAUGGCAACAUUCCCAGUAGCUCUCAGUCCGUCAUCCCCAAGAUGGGAAUUGCUCGGUUUAUGAGUGAAAUUGUCAACGCACAGGACAGCUCGGGUGACACUGCCCUGAAUAUCGCGGCUAGAAUUGGCAACCGAAGCAUCAUUUCUCAACUCCUGGAAGUCGGAGCGGACCCUAAUAUUGCUAAUCGCGUUGGCCUGCGACCUCUUGACUUUGGUAUUGGUGGCGACAACACGGAGGAAAAGACCAAUGGCGAAACUCCCGCUGAGAAGAACGGCGCCGCCGGGUCCAGCCAGCGGACACGGGAGAGCAGCGACGAGAUAGUUGCCUCCAUCACACACCUCCUCGGCGAGACUGGAACAGCCUUUCAGCAAGAAAUGAAGGCCAAGCAAGUCUCACUAGAUGCCAUGCAUGCCACCCUACGCAACACGUCCACCCAGCUAGGCGAUGCUCGCCGCAACCUGGAGCAGUUAACGUCCACCGUGAAGAAGCAGCAACUCGCUCGUCAAAAAGUGUCUAAUCUAUCACACGCCCGCGAGAACGAACAGAUUCGCUUAAUGAACGAACAACAACGCUCAUCACAACCCGACCCUUCGGCAUCCUGGGAAACAGAGUUAUCAGCCAUGCUCGAAGCAGCCGAAGACGCCGCAAACAGCGGCGGGUUCGGCAGCGAAGGCAUGCUCCCAACAGCCUCGGUGCUACGAUCACGCAUCCGCGCCAUGGAAGGUCGCCGCGAAGCCACUCGCAAGAUGGUAUCCGCCCUCAAGGGCCGCAGCCGCGACGUGGAAGUCAAGUACCGCCGUGUUGUGGCUCUCUGCACAGGCGUCCAGGAGGGCGAGGUAGAUGCCGUCGUAGAUAAUCUGCUCAAGGCUGUUGAAAGUGAGCGCGACGAGCUGGACAUUGGCCGUGUACGAAGAUUUCUCGGCGGAGUCGAAGGUGUGGUGCACUAG